CCACUGAGGACUCUGACUCCUCCUUUACCCAGUCUGCAUGGGAUCCUAGAAAACCUGCACUGUGGUCAUUCCUGCCACUACACCAAGUCACCCUACGAGAAGGUGACUUCGAUAGUUUAUUUUUCUGUCUCGCCACGGAGGCUGUAAUUCAUUUUUUGCCCACUUGUAAAUGAGUACCUCCUCCCCCUUCUGAAUCAUCCAGUUCCUACCACGGUCUCCACCCCGGCUGUGGGCUGGAGCCAAGUUCUGUUAUGUGCACAAUCCUGGAAACUUCUGAUCAGAGAGAACUGAACAUGCAAAGUCUCCUUUUCUAAGCCUAUCCAACAGCAAGCCCAACUGUUUUCUAGACAGAACCAGGUGGAGAUCUGAGAAUCCUGAGGAGUGCCCCACCAUGCAGUGGCUGACGAGGUUCCGGGGCAUCCACAAAUCCUUCCAUGGCUUUUAUACUCAAUACAUGCGCUGCCAGUCUUUAUCAGAAGUCGGAGCCCCAAGAUGGAAUGAUUAUGAUAGACCCAAGGAAUUUAACUUUGCAAAUGAUAUAGUGGACUACUGGACUCAAAUGGAAAUGGAGGGCAAGAGAGGUCCAAACCCAGCCCUAUGGUGGGUGAAUAACCAAGGAGAUGAAGUGAAAUGGAGUUUCAGAGAGAUAACAGACUUAAGCUGCCGUACAGCCAACAUGUUGACACAGAACUGUGGCCUGCAACGCGGAGACCGCCUAGCCUUGAUUCUGCCUCGGGUGCCUGAGUGGUGGUUGGUGAGCCUAGGCUGCAUCCGAUCAGGAAUCAUCUUCAUGCCAGGAACCACCCAGUUGAAGGCCAAGGACAUUCUCUACCGACUACAAGUGUCUAAAGCCCAGAGUAUCGUGACCACUGAAGCCCUUGCCCCUGAGGUGGACUCCGUGGCUUCUGAGUGCCCCAAUCUGAAAACCAAGCUCCUGGUGUCCGAUCAUAGCCGUGAAGGGUGGCUGGACUUCCGCUCAUUGAUGAAAGUCGCCCCUCCUAAGCAGACCUGUGUGGCGACCAAGAGUCAAGAUCCAAUGGCCAUUUUUUUCACCAACAGAACAACAAGUUCUCCCCAAAUGGUCGCAUUUUCCCACUAUGGUUUGGGAAUGGGAUUUAGCCAAACCUCAAGACAGUGGAUGGACCUCCAGCCGACAGAUGUCUUCUGGUAUCUGGGGGAUGCCCUCAGUGGAAGCUUGUCACUGAGCAGUGUGCUGGGAGCUUGGCUCCAAGGAGCCUGCGUGUUUCUGCAUCACAUGCCAACCUUCUGCCCCGAGACUGUUCUAAACGCCUUGCACAGAUUUCCCAUCACCACUCUAUCUGGAAAUCCAGGGGUAUACCAGGAAUUGCUUCAACACAAACAUUUCAUCAGCUACAGAUCCAAGAGCCUGAAGCAUUGUGUGUCUGCAGGAGGACCCAUAAGCCCUGGGAUGAUAGCAAACUGGAAAUGCAUCACUAAGUUGAACAUCUACGAAGGCUAUGCGAAGACUGAAACUGGGCUGCUCUGUGCCACUUCCAAACAAAUGAAAUUAAAGCCAGGUUCUCUGGGGAAGCCACUGCCACCUUAUAUUGUACAGAUUGUGGAUGAAAACUCAAAUACCUUGCCUGCAGGAGAAGAAGGGAAUAUUGCCUUUCGUGUUCAGUGGAAGCAACCCAGCUCACUGUACUAUCCACACAUGGUGAAUUGGGAGGAAUACACUUCAGCAAGAGACCACAUGCUUUACCUCACAGGGGACAGAGGCAUCAUGGAUGAAGACGGCUACUUCUGGUGGACUGGUAGAGCUGAGGAGGCCAUCCACACGUAG